AAUACCAUCAUCACUUCACCGACACAGGUCACAACUUCAAACUUUUUCAGUUUUCAUUCACUUUUUCCUUCCUUCCUUCCCUAACAACCUCCAUUUUCGCUUAGAUUACAGAUCACAUCUUGGUAGUAAAGUAGUAAUAGUACUCUCCCCCAUUUACCAAAACGCCCCACUCCCUGCAAACAGAAAAGGAAUACCUCCCGUACUGGCGACUCAAACCAGCAUUCCACUUGCCAAAUCUAUAAGCUUCCAUCUUCGUUCAAUCAUUCUUUACAUCUCAACUCUGUUUACUGGUCACCCGCUUCCUUAGUCUCCUGCAGUUCUAGCCCGCCGUUCAAAAUUCUGUGUAAAGUUUCUAUCUUUGCCUCUUCGGGUUGCUAUCUCCUCUCACUCCUUUGCCGCCCUUGCUUCUUCUUUUUGACUGUCAGUUGGGGUUUCCGUGAUCGUCACUUUCAAUUUCUUGUGAACUCAAAUUGGCUCACAAAUGGAGAAGAGGGUUUAGUUUGCUGAUUUGAGAUGGCUCAUGGUCUGAGCCCCAGUUCUUCAUUUGACCAAGUGUUUGCCUUGUGCAAAAGGGUCUUCUUUUGGUGGAAGGGCAUUGUGAAGACGCAUCUUGGGUUGAAAGCGUUUCAGCCAUUCAAUGGAGCUUUAGCUGUUGGCUCAUCCUUGUCUUUCCUAUUAGCCCUGGCUUGUGCCUACUCGUUUCUCUCUCCUAGGGUUCAGCAGCAGGCUGAUGUGGCUGCUAGCUACGGGCCUCCCGUACCCAAUUCAUCAGUAGUUACAGACUGCAAUCUGUUUGAAGGAAGCUGGAUCCAGGAUCAGGGUUACAUCCCUUUAUAUAAUUCCUCCGUCUGCCCUUUUGCAGAGCGAGGGUUUAAUUGCUUGGCAAAUGGGAGGAGAGAUCAGGGUUAUUUGAGAUGGAGGUGGAAGCCUAAGGGUUGUACCAUCCCCAGCUUCAAUGCUCGCAAAGUGCUAGAGAAAUUGAGAGGCAAGAGGAUUGUAUUCGUGGGGGAUUCGCUGAGUAGAACACAGUGGGAGUCUUUGGUAUGCAUGCUCAUGACUGGUGUGGAUGAUAAAAGGAAUGUUUAUGAAGUCAAUGGGAACAAGAUUACUAAAAGAAUUAGAUUUCUGGGUGUAAGGUUCAGCUCAUACAAUCUGAGAGUUGAUUUCUAUCGAUCUGUUUUCUUGGUCCAGACUGGUUCUGUGCCUAAAAGGGCACCAAAGAGGGUUAAGUCGACUCUGAAGCUUGAUAAGAUGGAUGAUAUCAGCAAUGAGUGGAUUGAUUCAGAUUUUCUGAUCUUUAACUCAGGCCACUGGUGGACUCCUAGUAAGCUUUUCGAAAUGGGCUGUUAUUAUCAAGUAGGUGGAUCUUUGAAGCUUGGAAUGCCUAUAAACACCGGAUUCAAAAUGGCAUUGGAGACUUGGGCAUCCUGGGCUGCAAGUAAUCUCAACACCAAAAGAACAACCGUAUUCUUUCGGACUUUCGAAUCUUCACAUUGGAGUGGCAAGAACUUCGCUUCCUGCAAGGUGACUCGGAACCCUUUGACGAAAACAAAAGGGAAGGAGAGGAACGCAUUGUCGAACAUCAUAUUGAAGGUCGUGAAGAAAGUGGCGCCGGUUCCUGUAACCGUACUGCACGUAACACCCAUGUGUGCAUCUCGUAGCGAUGCUCAUGUGGGCACUUGGAGCGAUAACCCUUCCGUACCUGAUUGCAGCCACUGGUGCCUGCCUGGAGUGCCUGAUACCUGGAAUGAAAUUCUCUCGUCCUACAUUUUGAACGACAAUCACUGAUGGUAUCUUGAUUAACAGGCACAAUGAGUUCAUUACACGCUUAACUAACGAAUACACCAAGAUCGAUGUGUGGCUCCAGAAGAUCUGGUGAUAGAAUCAGCUUGAUUCCUAUUCAUUUAUAUUUGUAUAGCUCCCUUGUCUGUAACAUGAAACAGCUUCUGAUGAAAGAUACUAUGCCCCCAACAAGUUUUGGCAUGUGAUGGAAAUUUGUGUAUUUUGGUUCUAUCUAUCUUCUCGUCUUAUCUUUGGUUGGUCGAUGCAGUCCAAUUCAAGGGAUGGAUUUGAAGUCAAGGUUGCUACUUCCAGUUUAUGUCUAUAUUUGCUUGAAAGUACAGGAAGACAGAUAGUGAUUGAGGGUAAUAUGUAUUUGGUUGAAAAACUAACAGAAUAACUAUCAUUACCUUGAUGUAUCGUCAUCAGUAACAUUAAUUCUCUCCCGAUUUUACACUCUGCUUUUGGAAACGUGAGUGAACCUGCAAACAAUUGUGAACUGGCCUUCUGCUGAGGUUCUGUAUGCAUUAACAAUUUCAUUCCUUAUCCUAUACAAUCAAAAGCAAACUAGUAUGAGAGAGAGAACAAUGAUGAAUUCACUAUCUAUCAAGUAUUAACGCAUUUGUGCCAUUAUAUAGAAUCAAAAGCAAAAUAUAGUAGGAUAGAGAGAAUAACAAUGGGAUUCACUUGGUGAUGAACUUGGAGGCUUCAUCAUCAAAUUGGGUUACGAUAACACCAAGGUUGUCAAACUGCUUUAUUUCAUUGUGUCGGUUUAGCAAGUGGUAUAUGCCGGUUUUAAAGCAUUAACAACAAAUAAAUGGUUCAUUUACAUAAUCUAUAUUUAAGACAGUCUACCUAUAAUCUCCAUCUACAGUUAAAUAAACACUAUAUUACAAAGUAAAGGACAAUAUUUCAGUUCUCACCCCAUGAAGACGUAUCGACUGAUUUCUUUGUCCAUAUCGCUAAUUAUCUCAUUUGGAUUUUUCACGUGUUAAUAGUACCAAUAUGAUCCCAAAUAUGAUACUUUGAGAAUGAAAGUUUGUUUGCUUGCAAGACGUUUUAAUUUAUCUGAAAGUACAUGUAAUCUAUUAUUACCUCAUUCACUCGAAACCAUUGUUAUAACUAUCGAAUUGGAUUGCCAGUGAGAUCAAUAGAACCACCACACCAGUUGUAAUAGCGGUUCAGUUUGUUAGCUUGGCAGUUAGGGAUAAAUCGAAUAAUGUUUAAUGGUUUGACAUGAAACCAGAUGAAUUAGUCCGCUUUGAUGGUCCACCGGUUUAUGUUAAUGACAAAAAAAAUUACUAAUUUUAUUUAUGCUUUUUUUUUCCUUUAUUUCUCAUCCUCCUUGUCGGCCUUAUAUGCUCCACUACGAAUUGUCGCGCGUAUUUACUAUCUUGAAUUUAAAUAAAAAGAAAUAGAUUUA